AUGAUUGCCCCAUUUGUUUCGUACGACAUCAAGGCAACCGAGUGGCAAUCUGUGACAGUCUCAGGCAUCAAGUGCUGCGACGUGGUAAUUAAAAUUGAUAGCAUGAGGACAGACUGGUUGUUGGGCUGUUUGGAAUGCAGAAUUUGGUAUCGUUGGAGGAGUUGCAAAGCAGAUCUGAAUUUAGAUCAGUUCAACAUCAGGGUUAUUGAGCCAGUAGGAUUCGGUCCGUUUAGGAAGGUUUAUCGUUGUCAUGAACUGGACAGUAAUCGAGUUGUGGCAGUCAAGGAGGUUUACGCUGGUGACGAAAGUGAAGAAGUCAUGAUAGAUGACAGAAUCGCGUUUCUUAAAGAUUGCAACCAUCAAAACGUUGUCAGGUUGCUUCAUACAUUGAAAAGGGGAUGUUAUCUCUAUCUUGUUUUUGAGUAUAUCAGCCCAAAUCUGUACUAUUUCAUGAACCUACCAGAACACUGUAAAUAUCCAAAACAAAGAAAUUAUUUGUUGUAUCAGAUACUCGCUGCUGUAGCACACUAUCAUUCUCACGGGCUUCUCCUCCGAGAUCUGAAACCGCAGGAUCUACUAAUGGAUUUUCGUGAUGGUUACCUCAAGCUAGGUGAUUUCGGUUUGUACGGUGCAUUCGGAGAUCCUGAGCCUUGUGAUAUACCAGUUUCCGAGUAUACUGCGCCUGAGGUCUUGCUUGAUUCAUAUCAACAUUCACCGGCGUCUGAUCUGUGGGCCGUAGGUUGUAUAUUUGGAGAGAUAGUCAUCGGGAAGCCUCUAUUUCAUCUUGGCAAAAGCAAUCAGGAUCAGCUAAGAACCAUUUUCCGUUUGUUAGGCACUCCAACUGAGGAAUCUUGGCCAGGAAUUAGUGACCUAUGCCCUACACUUACCUUCUAUCCCAAGUUUGAGCCACUGAACUUGUCUUCAAAGUUUCCUGAUUUGGAACCAGAAGGCAUAGAUAUACUUUCGAAAUUGCUGUGUCUUGAUCCAAAUAACAGAAUUUCAGCGGAAGCAGCUCUUGGCCAUGCAUUCUUCAACAAUGAUUUGUGGGUGACGAGCUGUUCCGAAUGGGGAAUUUGUAAUCCCUGGAUUGUAUCGGCACCCAAUUUAGAGGAAUUCCAUUACAAGGUUAUUGGGGAGGUCAGAAACUGUGCGUUUAACAAGGUUUACCGUUGCUUUCAAACUUACAAGGAACGAAUGGUAUUCAUCAAGGAGAUUUUCAUUCCUGACGAAUAUAAUGUAAAGGCUCGGAGAUCGAUAAGUGCUAAAUUGAAUUUUCUUCGAUUCUUUCAUCACCCAAACGUUUUAAGGAUGGUGGAUACGUUCAGCAAGGGAAAGUGCUUGUAUAUUGUUUAUGAGUAUUUUUCCAUGGAUCUGUACCAUAUGAUUACGUUACCACCGGUCAUGAGAGAAGCACAGAUAAAACUCACAUUCUUUUCUUCGUCCAAGAAGUUGGUUCUUCAACAGAUACUCUCUGCUGUAGAACAAUAUCAUUCUUAUGAGAUUAUCGUCGGAGAUAUAAAGCCAGAACACCUGCGAUAUAGCCACUGUGAACGUUCAGUCAAGCUAGCUGACUUCGGCUUCGCCGGUGCAUUUGGAGACCCCUGGGCGUCUUAUCCAAUAAAAACCUCCCGGUACAGUGCUCCUGAACUCCUGUUUGGGACUCGUCGAUUUUCAAAGGCAGUUGAUAUGUGGUCUGUGGGUUGUAUAUUUGGUGAGAUGGUAAUUGGGAAAGCAAUAUUCCAGGGCACAACUCCAAGGGAACAAUUGAUGUCAAUUUUCCGUUUGUUAGGUACACCAACUGAGGAAUCCUGGCCAGGAGUGACUACGAUGUGUAGAACACUUUCACGCUUUCCCAAAUAUAGACCAAAGAACCUGGUAGAAGAGUUCCCUGGUUUGGAACCAGAAGGCAUUGAUCUUCUUUCCCAAAUGCUUUGCCUGGAUCCAGAAGGAAGAAUUUCAGCUGAAGAAGCUCUUGAUCAUGAAUACUUCAAUUUAAGAGGGGGUCCGGUGAGAGAAGGAUUCUGCAAACAGCAGAACAGAUGGGAAGGUUUAGUCCGCCAGAUCGAAGAUGCUCGUAUUGAUGAUUUUGGAGUGCAGUAG